UGCCUAUACUUUGGCAGUAUACAUCGUCAAUUGAACUUCAUCCAUGUUGGGACUAUCUUAUUAUGUACAAAGAUCCUACUCCAUCAUUUGGAGGUACUUAUGGUACUCUUUUUGUGUAUGACGUUGUUCUUAGUGGAUUGAUAAAGAAUCUUAUUCCAGUUUUGAUUGUUUUCAUUAUGAAUGUUCUGCUCAUUGUUGGUCUCAUGAAAGCCAGUGCAAGACGAAGGAAACUUGUUACUAAUGGGAAAGAGGCACAGAAAAGAGAUGAGAAUAUAAGUUUGAUGUUGAUCACAGUUGCAGUUUUAUAUCUGAUCCUCCUCUUACCAAGUCUUGGCCUGAAGAUCCUGAGAUGUCUCUGGAUGGUGAAGACAUAUCUCGAGGUCGAUUUAAAUAUAGAUGAUAAAUAUUUUGAUUCGAUAACCUUCUAUGCUAUGGUUAGUGAUUUGCUAAUUCGUGUUAACUCUGCCAUCAAUUUCAUUAUCUAUGUUCUUGUAAGCAAGAAAUUUCGCGAUGGUUUGAUGAAGUUGAUAUGCUGCAAGAGAGUCAGUAAAACUGAGGUUUAUAAAACAUCUGUAACAAGAACGACAUCAUUUGGAAAAGCCAAAAAAGGAGAGACAUAGUCUUGCUUCUAGACUCUAGACCACCCUGUAUUCUCGACCCACGUGUGUGCCGUGAAAGUCAUGUAGUGGUAGGGUGGUUACAAGGGGCUCUAGCCAGACCAGAGACACAAACGACAAAGGGGUAUUGUCUGUAUUACAACUCGAUUUUUUAUUAUUAUCUGACCUUGGUUCUCUGGCUCUUUUGGCUGGUUGGUUGUCUGGCGAUAGAGAAAGGAAUCUUCCAGCACGAUUGGUUUGUUCAAUAGUAUUGUGCUUUACCAUCUAGUUGCUCUGUAUUCCCUAAUAUCAAAUUGGUCCCCUAUGACUACAGGGUUAACCUAACAGUUGUAUAAUUUUACAUGUUUUAGUGGGCUUUUUGUGCCGUUAUGAAACCAAAUACUGACCAUUGGCGAUUAGCUCGUCGACUGGCGGAUUUUUCGUAAAUUUAACUUCAAAAUGACGAGUUUAAUUUAUUUAAAUAACCUGAGUUGGAGGUCACACCGGCAGCCGGUAGUUGUAUUCGCGAAAGCAGGCUGAGUUAGUUUGAUUAGUAAAAGUUUAGAUACAUUCGUGUUCAAAACUCACCAUAUUUGGAAGUUAGAUAGAAUGAUGAACAUAGUGUAAUAUUAUAUUUUUAGUCUUUGGUUGUUUUAUCACUCCCGUUAUACUGAUAGUUCCAAAAAUCGUCGAAUCAAUACUUCCACGGCAAAUGAAAUAGAUUCGUCUAGAGCUGCAAAUCUCAACGUGCUAUUCAUUGUCAUUUUUGACGAAUCAGAACGCAUUAUAGCCAAGCUUGAAUUUAAUCUGAUGUUGCAGUUAGAUGUAUAUGGUUUCAUAAUUAAUAGCCGAUGGGCUGUCAUCAAUAAAAAAAACUCAUUUUAUUACCAGAGUACGUGAUGAACAUUCAUAGAACAAUGUAAAAUGUGUUGUGCUUUUGCAAAAUAUUAUAGCCUAUUAUAUAGCAAACCGUCGAACGCCGUCCACAAAAAAG